AUGAGAAUUCUGUCAAUUUUUCUCACUGUUGCUGCUAUCGGCAUUUUUGCAGAUGAUGAAGUCUCAUAUAAUGUAACAAAUGGUCGCGACGAAGAAGUGAGUUGGCAUAGGAAUUUUCAAUGAAUAUUUGGAAGUUUAGGCAUAUAUAUUUAAUCAUCGAUUAUUUUUCCGCGUAAAUCGAACAUCUGAACCAAUUGAAGUGGAUCCUAAUCAAGCAAAUUAUUUUUGGCAAGGCUUUUUGGGUUUUUAUAAUGAUUUUCAUUACGGUUAUUGGUGGUCAGAUGAUUCCAAUUAUCUUGUUUAUGUUUCUUUUGAUAUGCGAUUGGUGAAAAAUGUUUCUUGGAAUCUGUAAGUAAACAUUACCUAGCUUUCAUGAGUUCAUUUUUUAGCUAUAAAGAUAAACAAUCAUACCCGGAAGUAGUUCAACAGCCCUACUGGAAGCCGUUUGAAGAUAUCCCACCAUACACAAUAUCAAUUUGGAAUUUGAAAACACAAACUGUGAAAAGAAUUCCGUUUGAAAAAUUCAAAAAUCACAAGUGAGUUUUGAUUUCGACUUUUUGAUUACUACAAUAUUUUAUUUUUCUAGUGGUUCCUUAUAUUUCGUAAAAGAAAUCACUACUUAUGAAAUCGACGACGAUAAACAAAAAUUUCUUAUUCGACUCAAUAACAAAUUCUGGAACGAACUUGUUUUUGUUUCAUGCGAUUUUGAAACCGCAGAAUGUCAAUUAUUGUUUGAGUACAAAUUUAGUCCUAAAUUAUAUAUCAGUUACAUGUUCUAUUCAUGUCAAAUUCAUCAAAACAGAUAUUAUUUAUUGUUACCACUCGAGUUUGAAAAUGAAGGAAAUUCUUAUCAACAAAUUGCUAGCUAUCCGUUGAAUGAAGUAUGUUUAUCUUAUUCUAGAUUUCACUAUAGAUAUAUGCUCAUAUUUUCAGCCAUCAUCAGAACCGAGAUUCGAAAUGAGACAACCAUAUGAUGUCUACAAGUUUAAGAUAAAUGAUACCACUGUGUAAGUUGAUUGAAAUUCAAUAUUUUUAAUAAAUGUGAAAUUUUUAGAACUUUCAAUGCAUUUUCAAGAACACCUUUCAUCAAUGAUACAUUAGAAAUGCAAUUAGGUUCAAAUGAAAAACCAAGAUGUGUGAAAUGUCCAAAAUUGUAUUCAAACGACUUUUUACAUUUCGGAAAAGUUCCACUUGGUAAUGGUUAUGAGGGUCUUUAUAAGCUAUUUCUACCUAAAAACAUAAAAAACAAAAAAGUUCCACUGCAUGUUUAUGUUUAUGGAGGACCAGAGUUUUUUGAAGUGGAAUCAAAAGAAAAUGAUAAUGAUGAAAACGAAAUAAAUUUUUUAACACGAAACAAUCAGGUUGCCAGAUUAUACAUAGAUGGAAGAGGAUCAGGAAGACGAGGAUGGAAAUAUCGAUCAGCAAUUUAUGGAAGACUCGGAACUGUUGAUGCUCAAGAUCAAAUAAGUGUUACUCAAUAUAUUCUAAGAAAAUAUUCAGAUAUAUUGGAUGAAAGAAGAGUUUUGGUGGAAGGUUGGUCGUAUGGUGGAGUUAUGGCAUUAUCAAUAGUGGAACAAGCUCCAAAAGGAUUGUUCAAGUGCGCAAUUGCUGGAGCGCCUGUGACAAAUUAUAAUUAUUAUCGUGAGCAGUGUAAUUGUUUUUUUUGCAAAGAAAAUUUAACGUUUUACAGAUAUUGAGUACACCUUGACAUAUAUGGGAAAUGCAACAGCAAAUGAAUACUUGGAUUUGACAGAUAAUUUGGAGAAUUUCAAAUCUACAAGACUUUUACUUCAACAUGGAAUGGCUGAUGAUAAUGUACAUUUUCAAAAUAGCGCAAUAUUGAUUGAAAAACUUCACAAGGCAAAAAUCGACUUUGAUUUGAUGAUUUAUCCGAAUUCAGAUCAUAAAAUUAGUAUAACAAGAAAACAAUUUAAUUUCGAAAAUAAUUGCCUUGGCAUAUAUCCCUCUUACUAA